GAGCAGCAUAAAAAUGCUGACACAAUGGUGGCUUUGAUGAAGGUUUAUGAAGAAGAAGAUGAAGCUUAUCAGGAUUUGGUCACCAUGGCAACACAAUUCUACCAGUAUUUACUGCAGCCCUUCAGAGAUAUGCGAGAGCUGGCAACACUGUACAAACUGGAAAUCCUGAAAUCUUUACAGUACGAUCAUUUGGGGCCUAGAAGGGUAGCAGCUUUGCAGAAAGAUGCCGAAGAAUGGACUAAACGAGCUGAGAAUGCUGUGUGCUCCAUUCAGGAUAUCACAGUGAACUACUUCAAAGAAACUGUAAAGGCUGUGGCAGCGAUGCACAAGCAGAUGGAACAAGAUCAGGAAAGAUUUGGCAAAACUGCCUGGGCAUCAGCUUUGCCACGGCUGGAAAACCUCAAAUGUAUGUUGGCUAAAGAAACCCUUCAGCAUCUGAGGGCGAGAGAGCUGUGCCUGAAACAGAAGAGAGCUGUCAUUCAGAAAAAUAUGGAGAAUCUCAGUGAACAAGAAGAGAACUUAACUCUAGUGGAGGAACUGGAAAUACAGUAUUAUGAAACACAGCUGGAAUUAUAUAAUGUACAGCUUGAAGUAUUGAAACAUGAAGAGAUGCUGCUUAUUGUACAGCUGGACACUUUAAGAAGGCAGAUUCAAGAGAAACAGGAUGAAGUUGUUUACUAUGAUACAUGUGAAAAUCCUGAGGAGCUCAAGGUCAUUGAACAGACAAUGGGACAACAUUACGCUAACUUGUCAGAAAUGACGAUGCUGAGGCAGAAGACUAAGCAGUUGGAGACAAAACGUGGGACUGUCUGUGCGAGGAGAGCCUACCUCAGGAACAAAAAAGACAAGUGUGAAGCAAGCCAUCGACAGAGACUGCAACAGGCGGAAGAGACCAAAAAACGCUUCCUGCAACAUCACAGCAUACAAUUAAAGAGAGACAAGCAAAAAGAGGAGGAGAAAAAGAAAAAAGCUUGGAUAAGCCAGGAACGUCAGAAAACACUGGAGAGGCUGAAAACAUUCAGGGAGAAGUGUCCAGAUCAUGUUGUUCUGAAAACGUCUUGUCCUCAGCCUCUCAGUCCCAAGUUGCCACGAAGCAUCACUCAGCAGGCUGCAGUACCGUCCCCUCCACGCUCGUCGAGAGCGAGGGCAGCUCCAGAGCAGCCAAAGAGCAUCCUGCUAGUAGAAGCUGAGGAAUCAAAAGCUUCACAUCAGAAUACCCCACCAGAUACCCCUGUCCAGGUUUUUGUUACUGAUGGGGACACAGAGCAACAAAAGAACAGUGAGGGAUCGAUGGUUUCUGCAUCCUCAACACAACCUCCUCCUCCACCUCCUCCUCCUUUACCCCCUCCUCCUCCUCCUCCCCCCUUACCUCUCCAGUUAAAGAUGCCAGCAGCAGCAGAGGAUAAGCCACUUCCCCUUAGCUCCGAUAGCCCCACGGAAGGCCGUGUGCUGCACAAACAGGAUGAGUCAUCCAGGAGGUCUGUAAAUAAUUACAUAGGUUCCAUGGAUGAGGUUUUGGCUUCUCUAAAGCGUGGUGAAGUUCGUCUUCGCAAAGCUGAACAGCUGAAUCCGUAUGCCUCAGUAAAAGACAGCAUCCUCUCUGCCAUACGGCAAGGAGUUAAACUAAGAAAAGUGCAUCAAGAUACUGAGAAAGAUACCAGUAAAGAAUCUACUAAUGAGCUAGAGAAAAGCAUUAAGGCAGCCAUGCAGAGAAUUAAGAAAGUGUCUGCUGAUUCUGAAGAAGAGGAGAGCACUGAUCAGAACAGUGGAGAAUGGGACAGCUGACCGAUUCAGAGUAACAGACU